AUGAGGCCUGUUUUUGGGGUUCUCUUCUGCGUGGCCCUGGUCUCUGGUCUGGCUCUGGAUUCCAACACGAUCAGGUCGUCCAAAGAUGCAUUUGUGAGCAAGGAUUCUGCAAAUGGAACCGCUCAAAGAUCAAACCGGCGAGGAUCAGGGAGGUCUCACUCUGUGUGUUCAGGACCAGAGUGCAGCGCUCCCCCGAGGGGCUCGUGCAGUAACAGACCACAGAAGAGGCAGCCCAGCAGAGAGCAAGACCCAGAUCUGGACUUGGACCAGGACUCAGGCUUCAACCGGACCAGAGCUGCAGAGAUGUCCCCGUGCGUGCGCUCCGGAGACUGCGCCGUGGGCCUGUGCUGUGUGCGGUACCUGACGGGCAAACGGUGCCAGAGGAUCCCCACGGAGGGCGAGCUGUGUCUGCUGAGAGCAAAGCAACGGCGAUCCAACCUGGGCCGCUGUGAGUGCGCCGGGGGCCUCACCUGCGCACGCCAGCAGGGCCACAAGAAGGGACAAGGCAGGCGCUUCUUCCUUCAGUUUAGUGGAAACAGUCUGGCCCCAUUCCUGCCUGUGUCAAGCCUCUCCUCGCUCCUGGACCCGUCUCCUCACCUCCCUCCAUCAUCACCUCCAGGCUCCAGCAGAACCAAAGGAUGCUGCCACCGCCGGAGUCCCACCGAGCAGCCACAUAGGCCGGCCACAGGGACGCCGCAGUGCCCUGGGUCUGUCCGUCUGUGGGAGAAGGCUUCAGGGGCCGCUCUGUUCCUGUGGGAUACGCUCCUGUUUGAAUGUGACGGAGGUCCCCGGAAAAGGUCGCGCUGCGUACCCGGGCGCAGAGCUCGUACACCGGGGAGAGACUGGAGGGUUAUCAGACGGAGCCACAACAUGAAUCCUCUGAACCAGAUGAAGGCCGGGCUCAACAACCCUCACAAUGACGGCUCGUAUCCGUAUGACUCCAGUUGGCAGCAGCCUCAGAACCAGCCCACAGGGUCUCUGUCUGUGGUCACCACUGUUUGGGGGGUCACCAACCCCUCGGCCUCUCAGGGCCUUGGAGGAGGCGUGAUGGGACCAGGGGCCUCACAGUCUGCAGGGCCCAUGAUGCAGGGGCCCCCGUCUGGGAUGGGAGGAGGUCCUGGAGGAUACAUGGGGCAGCAGAGCUAUGGCGAACCCAACAAAGGCUACAUGAACCAGGGGAUGUAUGGCAGAGGCCCUGGGGGGUACGGAGGAGCUCCAGGAGGCUACGGUGGAAGUUACCCCUCGAACCCCGGUGCGUCGCGAGGCUCCGCAGAUUUCACACAAGCUGCAGCUGCUGCUGCUGUGGCGGCAGCUGCCGCCACAGCUACUGCCACCGCCACUGCAACAGUGGCUGCAGCGAUACAGGAGAAACAGAACCAGGAGGUCAACUAUGGACCAAUGGGUGGUCCCGGCUACAAUUCCCAGUUCAUGUCCGGUCCUCGGGGUCCUGGGAUGGCUCAAGGUCCAAAUCGAGGGCCUCAGUCCAUGGGGCCCAUGUUCGGAGGACCCCAGAGGCUUCCACAGCAUCCCAACUAUGGUCCAGGCCCCCAGCAAGCUGCUCAUAUGAGGCAGCAACAAGGAAUGAAGAGGCCCUACAACUCUGAGUCGUUCCCUGGGAUGGCCCAGCAGUACGGGGUUCCGGUUGGAUCUGGACCUGGAUCUGGGCCAGUCCCUGGGGGUUACUCUGGACCUAACAUGUCCUACCACACAGGCGCUGGCCCAGGUCCCGCCCCCCAACGUUCCGGCUCUUCCCCCUCGUAUCAGACCCAUAAGAUGGGCCUCCCCCAGUACCAGGCGCCUGGACCCACCUCACAGCAGUUCUACAAGCAGGAGCAGUUUAACGGUCAGAGCUCUGCUCUGAACUCCAUGUCAGGAGGGGGCGCUGGAGGAGUCUACAGCACAUUUAACCAGUCCUCAGGGCCUGGUCGAGGGUUGCCUGGUUACCCCAGUUCUCCACUUCCUGGUAACCCAACUCCACCUAUCACCCCUGGCAAUGGCUCCAUGGCCCCGCCCUACAUGUCGCCCGGCAACGACGUCAAGCCCCCACCCCCCUCCUUCCUGCCGGACGUCAAACCCAACAUGGCGACCCUUCCUCCUCCACCCAGCACCGGAAACCCCAGUGACGACUUGCGGCUGACGUUUCCAGUGCGGGACGGCGUGGUUCUGGAGCCGUUCAGACUUGAGCACAACCUUGCGGUGUCCAAUCACGUGUUCCAGCUGCGCGAGUCCGUCUACAAAACACUCAUCCUGAGGCCAGACCUCGAACUGCAGUUCAAGUGUUACCACCACGAGGACCGACAGAUGAACACCAACUGGCCCGCGUCUGUACAGGUCAGUGUGAAUGCCACGCCGCUGACCAUCGAGCGUGGGGACAACAAGACGUCGCACAAACCUCUGUAUCUGAAGCAAGUGUGUCAGCCCGGACGCAACACCAUCCAGAUCACAGUGACCGCCUGCUGCUGCUCUCACCUGUUCGUGCUGCAGCUGGUUCACAGACCGUCCGUUCGCUCCGUGCUCCAGGGGCUGAUGAAGAAGAGGCUGCUUCCGGCCGAGCACUGUGUCACCAAGAUUAAGCGUAACUUCAGUGCGGGCUCUGUGGCGGGGACUGCCGGGCUGAAUGGAGAAGACGGAGUAGAACAAACUGCCAUCCGAGUCUCUCUGAAAUGUCCCAUCACCUUCAGACGAAUCCAGCUGCCAGCGAGAGGCCAUGACUGUCGACACAUACAAUGCUUUGACCUGGAGUCGUACCUUCAGCUGAACUGUGAGAGAGGGACCUGGAGGUGUCCUGUCUGCAAUAAAACUGCUUUAUUGGAAGGUCUGGAGGUGGACCAGUACAUGCUCGCUAUUCUCAUCUAUGUUCAGAACUCUGAGUAUGAAGAGAUCAGCAUCGACCCGGUCUGCAGCUGGAGGCCGGUCCCCGUGAAGCCGGACGUCCACGUGAAGGAGGAGUGCGACGGGCCGCAGCUGAAGCGCUGUCGCACGCUCAGCCCCAGUCACAUGGUGCUGCCCAGCGUCAUGGAGAUGAUCGCCUCGCUGGGCCCCUCCCCCUCCUCCCUUGGUCCCUCCCCUGCCGCCUCUUCGCCCAUGCAGUUCCCUGGCCUCACUCCAGGGGGCAGAAACACACCGGACUACAACCCACCUGCUCCGUCCUACCCCACCCCUGGUCCCGGCCCCGGCUCAACACCAGGACAUCAGUCUGGACCCGGAUUCCCGGAGUACGGCUCUGGACCCGGGACUCCAGGACCUCCCCCUCUGUCCUAUCAAACCGAACUCAACCCACAGCUACAGAUGUCUGGUCGGUUGGACUCCUCUUCCCAUGGUGCAUCUUUGCAACAGCAGUCUGGUGUCCAUAGUAACGGAUCUCAAGGGGGCGGGCCCAUGAUGCAGAGGGCGGGGCAAAACCGUCUCCACGGUGACGGAGCGUUCGGACUCGGAGGCGAUGUCCCGGAGCCGUCUCUGGAUCUGCUGCCAGAGCUAACGAACCCGGACGAGCUGCUUUCAUACCUGGGUCCUCCCGAUCUGCCUAGCAACAACAACGAUGACCUGCUUUCACUAUUCGAGAACAACUGA